AUGCCCUACUGGGACUGGACAAUUGACUCGAAGGAUAUGUCCAAAAGUCCAAUAUUCUCAAAAGAUAAGAUCCGCGGUUUUGGCGGCAACGGCCUCGGUGGAGGUUUUGUGAACCUAGGGAGACCGAACCCCUCGACGAUGUGUGUCCUAGAUGGAGCGUUCAACAACUUCACUGUGCAAUACCACGAUCAAACAUCGAGGCCACACUGCCUGAAUCGUGGUUUCAACGAUGAAUUGACACCAGCUGGAAAGUUCCAGGGAGAUUCUUACUCACCACAUGCGGUUUCAAAGAUAAUGAGAGAUUCUAAGAACUUUACUACAUUUACUAGGGAUCUCGAGAAUGGAUCACAUGGCGCUAUUCAUCAAGCCAUAGGCGGAGAUCAUCAACAUCACCAAAUAAUCCUGUCUUCUUUCUUCAUCAUGCACCAAUUGAUCGGUUGUGGUGAGAUUGGCAGCAGGAAAACCUAA